UAAGGAAAGAGGUUGCGUUGUUAUGCUCUAUUAACUUUGAAGAAUUGGCUUAUUUGCUCAAGCCUACGUAAACCUCUCGUCGUAGGACUUCGGUACUUCGGUAGCUGGAACCUUGGCUCGUGGCGUCGUGGGACAUGGAACGUUCCGAAAUAUCUAUAUUGUGAAUACAUGAUCUGCGGUAGCAUGCUCUGUCUGAAUAGAGAAACACGUAAAAAUUGACAGGCGAAAAGCUUUUCGUCUCGCCAAGUGGAGCGAACUCGCUUAAUGCACCGCUUUUCACUAUAGGAUCAAUAUAAAGCGAAGGCACCCGUUCAGAGAUGGAGAUUCAAAGCCGCGUUCAGCUUGUCGUUGCAAUCAUCGCCCUGCUCUUCGCAGCCUCAGCCCACGCACACCACAUCGAAUACAACAUCACCGUCCCGCCAUAUGAGGUCAAAGAUGAGGAUGCUUACGUCUGCGUAUCGGGCAUCCUGCCGCCCAACCCACACAAACUCAUCGGCGUCAUUCCGCGUGCCCGGCAAGAGGUGGUGCACCACAUCCUCCUGUACGGCUGCGCCGAGCCGCACCUGACCCCCCGCAACUCCUCCGAUGUCACCGUGUGGCGAUGCGACAUGCAGCCCGUCUGCAACGGACCCUCCUCCACCGUGCUCUACGGUUGGGGUCGCAACGCCCCUGAGUUGCACCUGCCGGAGGGGGUGGGCUUCAGUGUGGGGGAGCGGACAGGCAUCAAGUACAUCGUGGCGCAGGUCCACUACCUCGCGCUGCGCCCCCCCGGCGACCACUCGGGUGUCACGCUGCUGCUCAAACCCCACGCGGUGCCGUACGCCGCGGGGCUCAUGUCGUACGCCUCCUGGUUCCAGAUCCCGCCCGGCAAGCCCUCCCACCUGAUCCAGAACAGCUGCUGCUUCAAGAGCCACCAGCCGCUCACCAUGUUUGCCGUACGGGUGCAUACACACACGAUGGGGAGGCAGGUGUACAUGACACGGCGGGCGUGGAAUGGAACAGUUGGCGAGGUGCUGAUCUCACGCGACCCGCAGCUGCCGCAGUCCUUCGUGCCCACCCCCCGCCACACCCUGGCGCCGGGGGACAGGCUGACUGUCACUUGCGACUUCGACUCCAGCGACAAGACGGCGGUUGUGGAGGCGGGCCCCACACACAACCACGAAAUGUGCAACAUGUACGUCAUGGUGUACGGCAAGACGCCGUACAUGACCAUGUGCGAUGACGACCGACUGGACAUCCGAGAGGACUCCCCCGGUGCGCUGCCCCGCCGAGCCACCCUGCUGCCUGAUCCCUCCCCCUUCUGGCAGCCGCCCAGGCCUCAGGGGGGAGGCAGUGGGGGCAGCAGCAGCAGCAAGGGAGGUAUUAGUACUGCGCCGUACGGCGAGGCUACUGGUGUGGCAACUGGGCCUGAUGGAUCGCUUUGGGUGCUGUACAGGGGCUCUCGCAUGUGGCGUGAGGAUACCUUUGACCCCGACACCAACCGCAUCAAAUCUAAGGCACCGGUUCCGGAGCCGGUUGUCGUACAAUUGGAUCCUGACACGGGUGCCGUACUGCGGCGGUGGGGCGGCGGCGUGUUCUACCUGCCGCACAGCAUAGCGGUGGAUGUGGAGGGAAACGUGUGGGUUACGGAUGUGGGUCGACAUCAGGUCCUCAAGUUCACCCCCGAGGGCCAGCUGCUAAUGUCCGUGGGCAAGGAGCUGACCCCUGGGUCGGGCAGCGGGCAGUUCUGCAAGCCCACGCAGGUGUCGGUGCUGCGCGACGGCAGUUUCCUGGUGGCGGACGGCUACUGCAACACACGGGCGGUGUGGUUCGACAGGCAGGGGAAGUACAUAGCCGAGUCCGCCCCCCUCCCCCCCGUGGUGCACUCCCUGCUCGCUGACGAGUGCGAGGGGCUGGUGUACGUGGGAAGCCGGGAGAGCGCGGAGGUGCGCGCGCUCAGCCUGGACCCCAAGACGCCGCUCAAGCUGAAAGCCACGUACGACAUGAAGGCAGCGGGUCACGGCAUGGUGUGGUCUCUGCGGUUCGGCCCCUACGGGGAGCAGCUGGCGCUCACCUGGAAGGAGGGGGAGACCGCCCGCCUGGUCAACGUGCGCUUCCCAGCCAUCUUCUGGCCGCUGCCCGACUCCUCCCGCCUCGCCCCCCACGACUUCCUGCUGGGGGCCGCCCCGCUGGAGCUGACCGGCAGCGGCGACCGGCUGUUUGCUGUGUAUGUGGCGCCCGUGGGGGCAGCAUGCGAGGGGGAGGAGGAGGGGGAGGAGGGGGGGCCGGCGCCGGGAGCGGGGUGUGGGGCUCUGAGGAAGUAUGUGGUGGUGCCGGCGGGGUGGAGGCUGCCGGACGCGGCGUCCCUGGCCGCCGCCCACGCCGCCUCCAAGGAGGUCCACCCGGGGGAUGCCGUUCUGCUCAACAACACACAACAACAACCCGCAACAACAACAUCGUCAUCAACAUCAACAACAGUAGCAAGUGGCGGCUCCUCCUCUUCCUCCUCCGCUGCUGCUGCUGCUGCUGCCCCCAGCGGCACCAAGGCAGCGGGCGCUGACACGGCGACCGUCAAGGGCGGCGGAACGGCGGCGAGCAAGGACGGGGCCAAGGAGGAGGCGAGCAAGGAGGAGGAGGAGGAGGAGGAGGUGGUGAAUGUGGCUGAUGACUACGAGGAGGAUGUGGCGGGGGACGUGGUGGGCGCAGCGGACUAUGAGGCGGCGGUGGAGGAGAAGGAGAAGCGGGAGGAGGAGGAGCAGGUGGAGGAGGCGGAGAGGGAGGCGGAUUACGAGGAGGCCUUCACCGGCGUGCGGCCCAACAUCACCAGCGCUGCGGUGCUGGCGGCCGAGAAGGCGCAGCAGGCGGAGGAGGAGGCGGUGCAGGCGGGGGAGGAGCGGUUCGAGGUGCUGAUGACUGACAAGGAGACCUCCAAGCGCUUCACCUCCACCAAGGGCUGGGCUCUGGCCCUAGCAGCUGUCAUGGCGGUUGUGAUGGCAGCGGCUGUCGUACAUUUCAGUCGUACGGUCAUGAAGGAUUUCAGCAUGCCGUGGAGCCGUAGCCGCCGGGGGGGAGCGGCAGGAGGGGGAGGGGGGUUGAGUGGUGCGCCUACUGCUGUAGCUUCUGUGGUGCCGGGGGGAGCGGUUAGCAAGGGGAGCGGAGGAGGAGGUAAGGGGCGGGUGGCGGCAGCGGAGGUGGAGGCGGCUAGGGAGCGGGAGCGGUUGCUGAGGAGUGAGCCGUGAAGGUGGGGAAGGUAGGGGGUGUGUGGGAGGGUUUGCCGUGCUGUUGAGGUGCCGUACUUUGGGUUUUGACACGUGAUGCGUACGGUAAUAAUAAGUACAGUUGAUGGGAGCCCUGAUGUGGAGUUGAUGGUGGUUGGGGUUGGUUGUGUGGGUUGCUGCUGGCGCUGGGAGCGCAGCUGGGUUGUCUGUGAUAAUGGUGUUGACCGUGUUUAGAAGGUUGGACGAAUGGUGGGGGGAUUUGAAUGGGUGUGGGUCCUAUCCUUAGGCCAGCUUCCAGACAGACAGAAGUUCCUUUUGGAGCCAGAUGGGUGGCAGCGUGGCACGAACCAGCCCUUUCGCAUGUCUGCAUCAUGCAUGAUCAAGCCAUUGCUGGCCAUUGCUGCGAAUGGAAGUUUUGUUGGGCUUUCCAGACUUGAGGCCUGCAUAGGUUGCGUUUUGGUCAUGGUUUGCAUUAUUGGGCAUACUGGUACCGGCACCUAACGCGACAUUUGAUUCCCCAACAAAUUUUGGAAAGGCGUUUUUCGAGCUCUACUGAAAGUAGCUACUGGGCAGGCGCGUGUUUCUUUUAGUAGUCGCCAUUCAUCGGUGUGGUCUUUUCAUGGAUUCAUGGUCAACAUACGUUGUAAGCGCUUGGCAAUCAGGUAUUAAAUUAUAAUAUGUA